AUGGCACCCACGGGAGACGGAUGGACGGAGGUAAGGCACAGAAAAAAACCGGCGAAUCGUCGGAACGGAGAUGACAUCACAACCUAUUUCGUCUCGAAUAUUCCUAAUGGGGCUACGAAAGAUGAGUUCAGGAGAAUAUUCAAGCCAUUUGGGACGAUUUCUGACAUCUAUUUUGCCGUAAGAAAAGGGAAAAACGGGAAGAACUUUGGUUUCAUCCGUUUUGCUGGAGUCAAAGAUAAGAAGUUGAUGGAAGCAAAUAUGAAUGGUAUGCUAUGCAAAAAUAAUAAGCUGGAGAUAAAUAUUGCAAGGCAUGAAAGACCAGGGCAAAUGCCGCCAAUUAGAGAUAUGAGAAAGGGGGGAAAUCUUCAUGACCCGAUUCCAAUUAAUGUCAGAGGUGGGUUCACUAGUAGCAGAUCCUAUGCAGAAGUUGUUGGUGCUGGUACAAAAGGUAAUAUUCCCCCACAGGAAAUGUCACCCAAACAUGCACAUAUUCGGUUGGUCACUGAUGAAAGGAUGGUGCGUUGGAUUAAUGGGCAUAUGCUUAUUAGGGAAGUAAAGUCAUUAGAUCAUCUUGGUCAUCUUUCGGUGUUACUUUCUACUCACAGCGACAUGGGAAUGAAGGUCAAGUAUGCUGGAGGAAUGAAGGCAAUUCUUGAGUUUGGCUCAUCGGUUAUGGCUAAGGAUUUUUUGAAGAAUGACAGUAAUUGGAAGAACAUAUUCAACUACAUCAGGAUGGGUGAGGAGACUGACUACAGGUUUGAACGUGUAGCAAAUGAAAAGAAAAAGAUCAAUGAAGAAAUAAGGGUUGAGGCUGGGGGAAAAACCUUCGAUGUUGGGGUGGUUGAAUAUGAAGACAAACCAUGGUUUCCCUUCCGGUUUAACAACAUUGAACAACCAUACGAGUACUAUUCAGACGCUAAUGCUGAUCAUGAAUCGGAAGUGGCUGACUCUGAUAAAGAUGAAGAGAUGGUCAAUUCUGAAGAUGAAGAGGGUAUAUCAGAUACUUGGAUAGAUGACAUUGAAGAUGGCAAAAUAGUCGGUGAUGGUAAUAAAAAAAUAGACUCAAGGAACCGUGGUGGAGCCGGAGAUGUAACCUCCUCCGGUGUGCAGAAAACUGUCACUGAUUCUUCCCAAGCGUCUCCGGCGAUCUUGGAAACCCAACAGCCUGGCGUGCAUUCUAACGAAGAGGUAGCUGCUCCGCUUCUUGAUGAAACUGUGAUAAUAAAUGAUAAGAAAACAUGUGAUAAAAAGAUUAAUGAAUACGGUCAGGUCACGGCUGACUCAAACAAACCUGUUGACUGUAACAUGGAGCAAACAUCAUUGGGCUUACCACGGCCCACCUCCUUCCCUCCACGUUUAGCCCAGUCUGGUUGCUUUGGUCCAUUCCCUUACACCAGGUCAACCCCUUCCCCCAACGAUCAAGCCUCUCAAUUACAGGGAAGUAUCAAUGAUCGAUCGUCCAGAAAAAACGGCGUACUCAAGCUCUCUCUCCGUCAAGAUAUACAUCGUUACCAGUCAAAGCCCUCUUCAUUGGUGGAGAGGCGAAUACUUCAGAGCUACAGGCUCUCCGACCUAAUGUGGAGCCGACAUCUUCCCCCAAACCACCAGAUUCUAACAAUUUGUCGAAAAUCAGUGAAAUUGAAGUAA